UCCUACCAGUACGUCCUUGAGUGUCACAGGAGCUGUGCAGCCAACUAGAGAUUGAAGCACGACUGACCAAUUGGGAAGAUGUUCUUUGGUUUGAAGUCAGCGAUUCUGGUUCUGCUUCUUGUUUGCUCCAUUUUGGCGCUAACGGCAAUGAUAACAGAUUUUUGGAUCACUAUCCCGUCUACUUUCCAAUAUGCUGGACUUUUCAGAAUUUGCACAAUAGGCAGUGGCUGUUCAGAUUUCGCUGAUCUAGAUGAUGUUAAGAAUCUCUUAAUAUCAGUUUUCAUAAUUGGACUGGUCUUUACUUUGCCAUUUGCGAUUAUAGAAUUGCGGUAUGCACGCACCGGUGGAUUUGGGUGUCUUGUUAUAGUUGGAGUUUUCUCAAGCUUGAUAGCUCUUCUGGGAUUUGUGGCCAUGAUUAUGGGCGCAGUGUUCUUUUCAUCGAGACUUGGCAACACGUAUUCCUAUUCCUGGUCCUUUGCUCUGGGAUGGCUUUCAGUGAUAACCGCGAUAGCUACAGCUGCCUUCAGCUUCUACAUCUUUAAGGUGGAACCACCUAUUCAAUCUCCUGAGGAGAACACAGAGGCUGGAGCUUUACCUGGAGCCACAACAACCCCAAAACCACAAGGGCAUGUCGCCAUUCAUUUCAAUCGCAUCUCCCGGAUAUUCUCCCCACAGAACACUUAAGUCUAAAGCAGAGAUCCUCCCUCCCAUCUUCAUUGAAUGAAACUGUAUCUUGUCGAACAAAAAUAAACGAAAUUACCCCUAUACCGAGAAUAUCCCAGACGGGGGUUGGUCAGUUGGAGUGGUACCAAUUCCACCCAGGGCUUAACCCUUAUUAAUGAGAAAUAAAUCAAGGGAAACCUUAUGCAAGAAUCCCUGUUUUGGUAUUAAGUAGAACCAUGUAACUGAUUGAUAGGUCUUCAACAGUAAAUAAUGUGUGAGAAGAUUGCUACAAUUUAGCAAAAGAUAAUAAUUUAACUGUCUAUUCAAUGAUAUAACAGACUUUAUUAACCAUUGCCAAAAAUAGACAUCAAACUGACAGUUG